AUGGCCGAACCUAGGCCCCAAUCUCAACCACGAGAUAAUCGCCCCAACUCUGAAAUUCCAGAACAGCCCUUACCACUUGAUAUCAACUACCCCUAUGUUGGACGCAAUGACAACCCUAUGUUCCCGGACGAACCACAUUGGAGCAAGUCCGCUCUCCAGCUGCCGCUCAGGCACCCCCGCUUCGACGAGGACACCGACGUUGAAAAGGCUAAAGAAGCCACUGAAUUUGUGACAUUCACCAUCGGAGAUCCCGAACAUCCGCAUAAUUGGUCGGUCUUCUAUCGUUGGUACGUUACCCUCGUUGCGUCAGGGUUGGUAGUAUGCAUCGCAUACGGCUCGUCUAUCGUCACUGGUGGCCUGGGCCUGAUUCAACAGCGCUACAACGUCUCAUUAGAGGUCGCUAUUUUGACCUGCUCCAUCAUGGUGUGUGGAUUUGCCGUUGGGCCUCUGCUAUGGUCACCUCUUUCCGAAAUCAUUGGUCGGAGACCCGUCUACAUCAUCUCCUUGGCUCUCUAUGUUAUCUUCAACAUCCCCUGUGCUCUAGCGCCCAACAUCGGGUGUCUACUGGUCUGCCGUUUCCUCUGCGGUGUCUUUUCAAGUUCUGGCCUUUCACUAGCGGGUGGAACUAUCGCCGAUAUCUGGAGAAUCGAAGAGAGAGGAGAGGCCAUCGCUUACUUUGCUGCCGCUCCAUACUGUGGUCCUGUCAUCGGCCCGAUCGUCACCGGCUGGAUCAAUGUCGGCAGCGGCCGCCUAGAUCUCUUCUUCUGGACAAAUAUGGCUUUCGCGGGUGUUGUUAUGAUCAUCAUUGGUCUUGUCCCCGAGACAUAUGCGCCCGUCAUCCUUAAGCGCCGCGCAGCCAAGCUACGGAAAGAAACCGGCAACCCCAACAUUAUCACGGAGCAGGAGCAGAAGAAACUUACUAUGCGUGAUAUUGCUCGCACUAGCUUGAUUCGCCCCAUCACUAUGAUCAUGACGGAGCCCGUCCUCGACCUGAUGUGCAUGUACAUUGUGUUGAUCUACUCCAUGCUCUACGCCUUCUUCUUCGCCUACCCUGUUAUCUUUGGCAAACUGUACAACUACAACGACGGUCAGAUCGGGCUGAUGUUUAUUCCCAUUCUGAUCGGCGCAGCUUUCUCUCUCAUGAUCACCCCAGCCAUCGAGAAGAAUUUCCGAAAAAUCUGCGAGAGACGAGCUUCGACCCCCGAAGACCGGCUCAUCGCCGCACUAAUUGGUGCACCAUUCAUCCCGAUUGCAUUCUUCUUGCUUGGCGCUACCUCUUUCAAGCAUAUUAUCUGGGUGGGACCUGCCUCGUCAGGUAUUGCAUUCGGAUUCGGUAUGGUUCUGUGCUACUAUUCCGUGAACAACUAUAUCAUCGAUUCAUAUCAGAAAUACGCGGCUUCUGCGCUAGCUGCCAAGGUUUUCUUGCGCUCAGGUGGUGGUGCUGCCUUCCCGUUGUUCACAACCCAAAUGUAUGAUCGUCUCGGCUUGCAGUGGGCCUCGUGGCUUCUUGCAUUCAUUGGUGUUGGCAUGGUUUUAAUUCCCUAUGUCUUUUACAUCUAUGGCGCAAGACUUCGCGCCAAAUUAACCCGGGCUUGA